AGCAGGAAGGAUCGGAACGAAAGCUUCCCGGAACCCGCGUGGCUGGCUGCGCUUCCUGUAGCGGCUGGUCCUGUCUCAGCUUCCGCUUCCGGGUGGCGCUGCGUCCUGAGCAGGGUCGCGGAGCGGGCAGGUAUGGGACAUGGAAAUGAACACGGCCAUGGCCAUGGCCACAGCAAAAUGGAACUCCCUGACUACAGGCAGUGGAAGAUAGAGGGCACCCCACUGGAGGAGGUCCAGAGAAGGCUGGCUAAGCGGGGUCUUAGGGAUCCGUGGGCUCGUAAUGAAGCCUGGAGAUUUAUGGGUGGCUUUGCAAAACCUGUCACCAUAACAGAAGUCUUUACUAGAGGACUCAAGUGGGGAUUUGCAGCUUUUGUCAUAGCUCUUGGCAUUGAAUAUACACUGUUUCCUCCAAAGAAAAGUGGAGGCCAUCAUUGAAGAUCAAAUAUGACAACUUAAUACUUACUAAUUGUAAGCUGAAACACACAUAAGCCUGCUGCUCACUCUGUACUUAUAACAUGCAUAUUAAAGUCUGUCACAGGCAAAACC